AUGGAUAGUCUCAAGAACCUAUGGCAAUUUGCAUUCAAAAACAACAGAAAUGUGGUCAUAGACAUUACUAAAGAGGAAAGCAAUACUCAUGUAGAAUCACAAGCAAAGAUACCAAAUUCCGAAAGAGAAAGGUCAGAAGGAAUGGACAAUUAUGUGGAGAAAGAUAGCAAUUGUUCAACAGCCUUUACGAAGCGAAGGGUAAUAUGGACUGAUGAGCUGCAUCAUAGAUUCUUGCAAGCUGUCAAACUAAUAGGCAUUGAUGGUGCUCGUCCAAAGAAAAUAAUUCAGCUUAUGAAUGUUCCUGGACUGAUGAGAAGAAAUGUUUCAAGCCAUUUGCAGAAAUAUCGCCACUCCUUGAGGCGGGAACAACUAGCAAUUGAAAAGAGAAGGAUCAGAGCUUCCAAAUCAGCAAGUUCUCAACCAAGAAAAUCUGCAUCAACAUUUAAUUUUCAAGGAGAAUUUCCCCAACUCUCAAAUCUGUACUCCACAUCCACACCAUAUCAACCAGAACUCAGAAGCCAUUUUCUGGAGGACCUCAAUAGUCAAAUGACCACUAGACCUGCCUUUGGUUCUGCAGAUAUUCCUAUUCAUGUGGACUCAAGUCAGAGCAGCAGCAACAUGGAUUUGGCAGCUGGCUUUGGACAUGUUGAAAACUUUUUCAGGGAAGAUAUUUUUCAGGACCAGAACAAGAAUUUCUCCAAUGUUGGUGAUUUUGGUCAUCAAAAUGCAACAGAUUGCCCAAUACUUCAUAAUUCUAUACAACAAAAAGAGCAACAGCGGCCUUCACCAUUGAAAUUAAUGCCUUCACCACCACCUCCACAACCACAAGACCAAGAAGAAUAUAACAGUUUUGGGGAAUUUGAUCCACACAUUCUGCUGUCACCCCUACUAGCAUCACAGGAGCAAGAAGAAUAUAACAUUUUUGGGGAAUUUGAUCCACACAGUCUGCUGUCACCCCUACCAGGAUCACAGGAGCAAGAAGAAUAUGACACCUUUGGGUUUGAAGGAGGAGAAAGUGAUGACUUAUUUAACUUUGCAGAAGAGGACACCAUUCAAGUGUUCGAUGAUGUGGAUUCCGAUGAUUUCUUUUAA